AUGCACGAACUCUCAAGCUUUGGCUCUCAACGAAGCUCACCCAUUGGGACAAGACUUCCAUUUACAGAGCAAAUUAGACUCUCAACUAUCUCUUUCCAAACAGCUUUACAGGAUAUCUGCGAAUACAACGACAUUACAGAGGAACAAUUGGUAUCUGCUCCAGAGACUAUCAAAAGUGUCGAAAUGUUUAUGCACACCCUCCCUCGAAUUUGCUGCAUGUCUUUCUUUCCAAACCUUGUCUCACUUUCCCUGGUUCAGCAAAAUCUUGGGGGAAUUCAUGGGCUUCACAAUUGUCCCUAUCUGGAAGUCCUUCGACUUAAUGAAAAUCAUAUUCAAAGGAUUGAAGGCCUGGAUGGUUGUUUUAGGCUCAAAGAACUCUAUUUGCAUAGCAACCAAAUCAGUCAAGUUAGGAACAUCUCCCACCUUUCUAGUCUCGAAGUUCUCUGGCUCGCAAACAAUCAGAUUAAGAAAGUGGAGGGGCUUGAAAAUCUUGCGAGACUAAGAGAGCUCAAUCUCGCAUGCAACACCAUAAGUCAGCUUGGAGAUAUUGUAAAUUUGAAACUGCUGGAACAUCUUAAUAUUGCCGCCACUGGGAUAGGAUCAUUUAAGGAGAUUGGGAACUUGACAAGGUUAAAGUUUUUAAGGGAUUUACGUUUUGCCGACCCGAAUUGGGGUAGUAGUCCUAUAGCUUUGCUUCAUAAUUAUCAGACUUAUAUCCUCUUCCGUAUGCAACAGCUAAUUAUGCUGGAUUCGCAGGAUAUGGCAGAGGAACUCAAACAGGCUGCGAAAGCUACUUAUACCAGGAAGAGAGUCUACUAUAAUAUGUGCAUAAAGUCUUUGCAGCACAAUAGGGAGAAUAUUGCAUCUCUGUCUGUGAAAUGUGAGUCAAGACGUGCAAGAAGUCUUCAAAAAACACUUGCAAAGCUAUUUAGAAAUCAAAAGGAUCUGAGGCAGCAAAUGAAGCAGGCACAUGAGUUUCAAGAAGCUUUCAGGUCUACUAAGACUUCAUUUGUGGGGCUUGAGCAAUCCAGAAGACAAGAUUGGUGGCAUCAUUCCAAAUCCAUGGUUACCACUCUUGAGAAUCAAAUAUCGCAUGUAAUGGCACGCCUGGAUACACUAAGAGAGGACAUGCACAUUGUCAGAGCCAAGGAAAGAGCUGCUGUAGAGCGCAAAAUACACUGGCUCAAGCUGGAGCUUGACACAGGUGGUAACAUUCGCAUGGAAAUAGGGAAUCCAAGGGAUGUCUGGUUUAAAAACUGCGACAACUUAGUGACCUCAAGAUUUUCAUUACUGGACUAUUCUCCAUUCGGUAUCACUGGGGUUCGUGUACUGAAAGUCAUACGUAUACAUAAUCGCUUCCUCCAAGACCGGUGGGAGAAAAGCUUUGAAGGAAAGGUGGUUAAAUCUAGAAAGAAGCAUGUUGAGUACCUUCUUUACGGGGAAACGUUGCAAUGCGCAGAUGAAUUUCAGUGCAUUGUGGAGGAGGGAUUCCCCUACUUGCCUGGACAGUCUAAUCAUGGCUGCCAUGGGCCAGUUUUACUUUCAAAUUCUAUUGGUUUAGCAGAUGUGCGCCGCCUUCAGGUGAUUGCUGAGCAGUUGCAGACAGAGUCCCCUUGGAAUAUAAAGGCUCCAGGCUGGGUUUUGGUUGUGAAAGCUUACCUUGGUUGCUCGGUCCAGGAUCUUACUGGUAACUAUACCCUCAACAAAUUGUUCAUUAACAUGAUGAACCAGUUUGUAAUGGCAGUCAAUUUAGCCUCGCCUGCAGCGAAAAAGUCCACUUAUCCGGGAGCUGAUUCUGUUUAUAGACUUCAUCCAUCUGACCCCGUACAACGGUCGUGGUUUGUCUUUGAGUCCACCCUUGUAGUGCCUGAAUAUCUGGUCGAAUUUCAGUAUACUUACCACAACGAAAACGGAGGAGAAAUCACGCAGAGAAUAUCAGCCAGACAAAAGCGCAUGCUUUUCACAUCUGAGUGCGAAUCAGAUAAAGACAGAGGCUCUUGGAAAUGUAUACCUUUUACUGAUCCUAUACAAACAGUAGCAGCUAAGGGAUCUAUAACUGUAAAUCAUUCUCCACGACAUCAACGCAGUCGGAGGAUAAAACUUUCUGAAAAAUCGAUUCUGCUAACAAACGACUUGAUUUUGAAAAAUCAUACUGUUCACGAUUUUUCUAAAGUUUUACAUCUCAACAUUCACAAUUACAACAUUGACGAGAUUGAUGCCUUGAAGAGUUUAGUACAUCUAAAAGUACUAGAGUUAUCGUUCAACAAAAUAUCCAGAAUCAAAGGACUAGAAGGUGUCACGUCAUUGGAAAAGCUGGAUUUGAGUUUUAAUUGUCCCCGGACUGCAAAGCCUCAACAUGAGAAACAAUCCGCUAGAAGAAGAGUUUUCAUACAGACAAGUGAGGAGCGUGUGGAUGAAAGUUAUGCUAAGCAAUUUUAUGUCAUCGCCAAUUCUUUUUCUGAAUGGAAGUUUACUUUUCCAACGAUUUUGGGUGGCCAUGACGACCUCGCCAAAACUCGCGGCCAAACGCCAGGACAUAACCCCUGGCAGAUGCUAGAACCUAAAGUUCGAAUUCUUAACAGGGUAAAACACUUGCAUAAUGCUCAGGAACUUGAUCAGGAUGAAGCCUGGUUUGAUGAGAUUGAGGAGUUGCAUCUGGAAGAUCAAAAGCUUCAAAAGAUGGAGUCCUUUGGCAAGCUUCCAAAUCUCCGACGGCUUUUGCUGUCCAACAAUGACAUUUCCACCAUUGAAGACAUAGAAUCAUGCACAUUGUUAGAAGAGCUCAUUCUGGACAACAACCAUAUCGAACAGGUCAAAGGUAUUCCUCCAUUGCAAUCCCUUUGGAAGCUAGACCUUAGCAGAAACUAUCUUACAUCUUGUGCUCAUUUGCACGGCUUUGGAGCCUUGACUCAGCUUUCAAUCGAGAGAAACUAUAUCCAGUCCUUAAAGGGCUUGAGUGGGUUAAUAUGUCUGAUGGAGCUGUAUGCGGCAAACAAUCAAAUCUCUGACAUGCGUGAUCUCCUACAUAUACGGGAGCUUCCAAAGCUUAUGGUUGUUGACUUGUCUGGCAAUGCUUUAUGUCAAUGUUCAGAGUACAGGACCUACUCUAUAUACAGUAUGAAAAAGCUUAAGGUGCUAGAUGGAAGAAUUGUAACCAGCAGUGAAGUAGCACAAGCGCGGGAGAAACAUAUAGGUCGAUUAACGCGAGAAUCCUUAGAAGAACGUUUAGGACGAAGCUCUUUUAAUGGAGUAGAGGUAUUGGAUUUGUCUGGAAGAAGUCUACGACACUGUGGAGAUGUUUUUGAAAACAAAGAUAUUCAAGAACUUACUGAACUGAAUCUUAGCAACAACUUCCUUUCUCACGUACAUGGUCUUCAGUUUCUGAGAAACCUUGUUGUGCUUCGCAUUGAAAACAACAAUAUUGAGAAUGGGCCGCUGUUAGAUAUUUCGUUACCCGUUUUUCAUAGUUCUUCCACUUCUGUUGGCGAUCAACAAAUUAUAACCAGUUGCCACUCUCACGAAGUUACGAGCUACACAUACACUGGACUUGAAAACGUUGAAUGCUUGCAGCUGGCAAGGAACGCGAUCAGUAGUAUUUUUUCCUUGCAAUUACGCCACACCUUUGCAAAUCUCAAAAGUUUAUCUUUGCAGGACAACAGAAUAACUAAGCUGGAUGGACUAGAUGGAUUGCUAUUUCUGGAGAAACUCUUUUUAGACCACAACAGUAUAAAGGAAAUUGAGCCUUCUUCGUUUGCUGGACUAUACAAUCUCAAGGUGCUACAUUUGAGCGACAAUGUACUGCGUGCGCUUAGUCACAUGGAGCAUCUAACAUCUCUCGAAACUUUGGACUUGGCUUCUAACUACCUAACAUCUAAUAGGCUUGGUGGACUUUCAAGCAUUGACUGCUUGACUCGCAUGCCAAACCUUGUGGACCUGUCCUUGGCAAACAAUCCGAUGAGUAGGCAACCGUUUUAUCGCAUAGGUGCAAUUAACAAGUUGAGACAGCUGCAAUAUCUUGAUGGAAAGGAAAUUUUCGAAGAUGAACGCGAAGAAGCAGAUAUAUUCUCGACUGGAAAUAACAAGGAGUCCUUUCCAGUUUUAGAUGGAAGUGGCUUAGUAGAUGUUACGGCCAUACCAGGUAAGGUUCCUAUAAAAGUAACAGCCAUGAACUUUGAAAAUAUGUGCGGUCCUCCAACUUCUCCAAGACAUGGAAAUGGCUCCCUCAAUUGCUCUACUCUCGGCAGCAUUUUCAACUCUGGCAGUACUAUAUCUGCUUCCAAGCCUCAAAUGUUGCCAACUGUCAACAACUCACUUGGACAGCGGUUUUGGGAGUUAUCGGAAACAAGACAUAUUAUCCAGAAGAAUGAGUUGUCUCCGUGUAGAGGAAGAGGGUCCAAAGUGGAUACUAGCAAGGUGAUUGUGGUACCUGUGCUAUUGAUGAAGAAUCUUAAGAAUGUAAGAGACAGAACCAUGUUUGACAGCUUAAAGUAG